UGUGCUUAAUCAAAGUUUUCACAGGUUCUCCUCUGAGGUCGGCCUCGAACAGGACACAUCGUUGGCAGGACAGACAUGUUCGCGUGCGGCUGAAGGAGAGAGGUUUGUGUGAAAGCUGCAGAGGCAGAGUGGUGAUGAGACAUGGAGGCUGUGUUUGGACUGUUGCUGAUGCUGCUCGGAGUCUCUCACGGUGUGGAAACCAAAUGUGAUUUCAGACAGAAGGAUGGAGCUCAGUGUUACGGAGCUUUGGGAGGAACUGUGGUCCUGCAGCUGAUGGAUCGGGCGCCAGAAAGAUUUGAAAUUUUAAAAAACACCACAAAGAUAUUGUUCUGGAAAAAAAAUAAAUUUCAAGUUAAUAUGAAACCAGACAAAUACUCCUUUACUCCUAGUGAUGGAAUGCUUAGGAUCAAUAACCUGAUAAGAUCUGAUACAGAUGAAUAUAGACUUAUAAUACAUAAUUCAUCUGGAGUUAUUUUAGAGGAGCGGACUCUACAGUUGUCUAUUCAAGCUCCUGUGUUGUCUGCCCGACUGGUCACUAAGUGUCUGUCCCAGGGAGAGAUGAGGGUGUCCUGCUCCUCUGAGGGAGGGGACAGUCCUCAGUACAGCUGGACUCUGGAUGGACACACACUGACAGAAGACAAGCUGCUCUCUGGAAAUCACGAGACUGACAACAUCACUCUGAGACAGAACGUCGAGGGAGUUCUGAACUGCUCAGUCAAAAACCACGUCAGUCAUUUUGAGAAGAACCAGAGCAUAGUUACCUGUGGCUUCAUCUUCAUCAACUGUACUGACUCUAAUGGGACACGCAUAACAGGGUGGGUGUUUGAAGCCAAUAACACACUGUGCGUUAAGCCGACACCAACACCCGUUACGGCCGAACACACGACUGUGGGUAAGAAGACUGCUGUCACAGUGUCACUUAAACCUUCCAUUAAUAUCACAUCCUCCAAUCCAACUGUGACCUCCUCCUUCAAAGAUGGGCCCUGGUUCAUUAUAAUGGCUGGUUUGCUCGCAGCACUGAUUUUCCUUUUAGUGGUCGGGGGAGCCGUCAUGUACGCUUUGAAGAAAAAGAAAACCAACCAACUUGAAGCAGAGGAAGGAGAUGAGCAGGAAGUAACCUACGCAGAUGUCAGGAUCAAGCAGAGAGGGCCGGUACAGCAGAGGGCGAACCCGGAAGAGGUGGAGUACGGCCAAAUCAAGUUUUCAGAGCGGCCUCGGCGGACUGUUGAACCGAGAGAUGAUGACUGCGUGUACGCCAAGGUCCGUUAAGACAGUGCUUUUACCAAGAGGGCUAGGACAGAGGAAGAAACUGCUUGUCAGGACGCCAGGAGGACUUUCCCCUUUCACUUAAUGUGAUCUCCCUGUAGAAAAACACAACCCGUAAAAGCUGAUACAUUUUGUAAUUUUUUUUACUUUUAAGUUACGUCUGGGUUGCGACUGGCAGAUCAUCAAGUGUUAUAACAGGAAACCUCUCAGCUUAACAUUUCCAUGCAGGCCCCUGGAAGCUACAUGGUCAAAUCAAUUAUGUAAAUUGAGUCACACUGUGACUAUUACAAAACUUAAAUGUUUUCAAGUACCCUCUCGUUUUCAUUCCCUCUUAUUUAUAAGCAUUUUAUAUCAUUGUUAGAACUGUUUUAAGUUGCUACAACGCUGAUUUAAAUUAAUAAAAAUGUAAAAAUCUAUGUAAAUAAAAAUACUAAAAUAUUAAAUAUGAAACAUUUUUAGAUUUAGUUUUUUGGCUUUACAGUGUGUGGCAGACAAAUAAUCGCAGAAGAAAUGUCAGAAGUACGUUUAUGUUGGUAAAUCAUCUGCGUAUAUAAACUACUGUAACCUUUAACCUCUGAAUAAAAAAAAA